UCACUACGACGACGUUUUUGAUUCGCCAUUUUAGAAAAGAAGGAGAGCUGUUCGGAACAAAAGCAGUUAGUUAUCUACAUACUUCAACGCUUUGUUUACACUUAACGAUAUAUUACAUAUUUGAUCCAGUGAUCCUACAACGUUGAAAUGUCUCGGGACAGAUUUAACAUUAACAUUAGAGGAAAUAACCGUGGAGCUGGAUUUCAACGCCGCGGAGCUGGGCCUGGUGGUCCGAUGCGAGGUGGAAUGGGUAACCUGAAUAAUUUCAGACAAAACCAACACCCCUUUCAAAGAGGGCCUCAUCCCGGUAAUUUUGGAAAACCACCCAACCAGAUACGUCCGAUGACCCCUCAGAAGCCUCUGCCACCUAUUUCCCAGCCAGGCGCUCAACCGAUUCGGCCACCACCUACUCCUGGCCCUGCGCUAACCAUGAAGGGCCCCGUACAGCAACAGCAGGCCGCGGCCGCAGCUCCGGUGACCGUAGCAGCACCUCCGGUGACCGUAGCAGCACCUCCGGCGCCCACAGCAACAACUCCAGCGACUGCAGCACCGGCGGCCGCACCUCCGGCUGUUGCAACAGCACCUCCGAAGGCCGCAACAGCACCUCCGAAGGCCGCAACAGCACCUCCGAAGGCCGCAACAGCACCUCCGAAGGCCGCAACAGCACCUCCGAAAGCCACAGCAGCACCCCCGAAAGCCGCAGCUACACCUCCAGCAGCCGCAGCAGCAGCGCCGGCAGGUCAACCAAAAAUGCAGUCCCCACCUCCGAAGCCUGUUCCUCCGAAACCCGCAAUCUCAUCUCCCCCACCAAACCAAAUGAAGAAACCAGCACUUUCAUCUCCCCCACCAAACCAAAUGAAUAGGAACCAGCAAAGAGCAGGACCAGGCAACGCCAAUGGAAAUGGGCAUAAAUCUGCACCCUUUAACAAAAAACCUGAACCUCAAACUCAGAAUACUCAAAUGGAGGCCGAGGAAGCCCAGCACCCCAAGGAGUUGAGAGCGACGCUGUCAUCGCUGCGCAGACCUGGCGAGAAGACAUACACUCAACGAUGCCGCCUUUUCAUUGGCAACCUUCCCAAUGAUAUCUCAGAUGAUACAUUCAAGAAGCUGUUUGCGAAGUAUGGCGAGCCCAGUGAGAUUUUCAUCAACAAAAACAAAGGCUUUGGCUUCAUACGCCUGGAAUCCCGUGCGUUGGCUGAGAUAGCUAAAGCUGAACUGGAUGAUGUGCCAAUGAAAGGCAGACCUCUUCGGGUGCGCUUCGCAACUCACUCUGCUGCACUGUCUGUGAAGAACUUGUCACCUUUUGUUUCCAAUGAGCUACUGGAGGAGGCCUUCUCCCAGUUUGGAGUGGUAGAGAGAGCUGUGGUAAUUGUAGAUGAUCGCGGGCGCUCCACCGGCAAGGGCAUUGUUGAAUUUGCCUCUAAGCCUGCUGCACGAAAGGCCCUGGAUCGUUGCAACGAUGGCGUCUUCUUGCUCACCACGUCACCUCGUCCAAUUGUUGUUGAGCCUCUUGAACAAUAUGAUGAUGAGGAUGGUCUACCAGAGAAACUGGCACAGAAGAACCACAACUAUCAUAAGGAGCGGGAGGAACCGCCCAGGUUUGCCCGUCCUGGCACAUUUGAGUUUGAAUACUCUAAGCGCUGGAAGUCCCUGGAUGACAUGGAGAAGCAGCAGCGGCAGCAGGUGGAGAAGAACAUCCGCGAAGCCCGUGAGAAACUGGAGGGAGAGAUGGACGAUGCGUUCCAUGUGCACCAGGCCAACAUGAUCCGCCAAGAUCUGCUGAGGCGGGAGGAGGAACUACGGCGCAUGGAAGAGAUGCACAGUGCAGAGAUGCAGAAGAGGAAAGAGAUGCAGCUCAGGCAGGAGGAGGAGCGUCGCAUACGUGAGGAAGAGAUGCUUCGCCAGAGGGAGAUUGAGGAGCAAAUGCGCCGCAAGCGUGAGGAGGCCUACAGGAGUGGCAACUUCAUGGACAAUAGGGAUAUGAGAAUGACUCAGGGUGGCUCCAUGGGCAUGGCUGACAAUCAAUUUGGCUCACCCAACCAGAAGUUCCCCAUGGGACACCAAGGCAUGGGGGGACCCAGCACUGGGGGAGCCAUGAUGCCCAACGAAAUGCGAAACGAGCGAAACUUCCCUCAGGGAGGCCGGGGGGGACUGGGUCCUAACAACCAAGGGUUUGGCAGGGUCCGUGAGGAGUUUGAUGGGCCUGCCAAGAAGCCCCGCUUUUAAAUCUGUUCAGUGUCAUUCAUAGCAGCGUUUUUGUGUAGAUUCUCUGAACAUCUUCACAUUGAGUCAUAAUUGUUGUAUUUAAGUUGAAAGUGUUCUUGCAUUUUAGCCUGAAGACUCAUUCAUUUUUAUGGCAAGUUAGGUUUUUUCUUUUUUUGAUUUUGUAUUUGGAGUAGUGUGAAAUUAAUACAUUGGUCACCCUCAGUGAUCAUAGUGCUAUCUCACCUAUGUAUAACUUUCUUUCCAGUUGUAUCAUGCUCUGUGACUCGUGUCGUAAAUGGUGAUAAAUGUCAACUUUUCUCACCUUUCAAUGGCUGUGUUUUGUGCCAUUUAAGAUUUGAAGUAAAAACAUGUAACUUUACAAUAAAGACUUCAGUUGGUUCUCUCCAAGCCCUCUUAAAUUUUAUUUUAGCCCAAUUUCGAGUUACUCUAAAUAAGACUAGCAGGAGUUUUCAAGCCUUUUGCUCUAGCCGCCAUCUAUUAAGUGGGUCAAUUAUUGACUAAUAUAUUGCCUAGCUUACCCUGGAUUUAGUAUGUUGGAAUGCCCGGGGGUGACUAUAAUGUUAUUCAUCACCAUGUUCCCAUGUGAAUGAAAUUGAACAAAUAUGCAUACUGACACAGUAUUGCUAAAGCCAAGAAAGUUGACAUUUUAGAGCACAGUUGGGCCAAGUAGAAAUUGUACUUGUGGGGCCCAAUGUUGACAACCGAAAUAAGCAGUCCUGGUGUCAAACGUGACUAAUGCUUCUAGCAGUGUUUUGUUUAUAAUAAAACACAUUUUUUCAAAAUCUGGAUUUAGUAAUGCCCUUGGAAAGUCUGUUAAAAUGACAGUUUCGGUUCAGUUUUUCAACUUUCAUUAACAAUUGUUUUAAACGUAUGACUUUGUCUAGCCCUAAUUGAAGUGAUAUGGUCUUUGACAACUGCUGUUUCUUUAGCGUUGAUAAAGGAGUUAUGUUGGACUGUUCCGAAGUUGGCUACAUAUUGAACCAAGGUCGAAGGUCCACCUUGACCAUCGCUAAUCUUUUUUUAAAAGCAGCACUUCAUUCAUAAUGUCUCUUGACAUUGCAUUAUGUAAUCUGUUACAUUCCAAUGAAUGUAGCAUACAAGAGAAUGUAUGAAAAGGAUCUACAAAUCUUAACCUAAAUUCUAGUUCCAGCCACUGUCUAACGUGUGCAAGUCAUUAGUCAAAUGGUAAUGUUAUUACGAGAAACUAUGAGGGGGACCGGUAGCGUGUGGUUUUGCCCUCAAUGCUUACGUAUAACUUUUCAGCCUCCUUUUUUAUUUAUGGCCCUUUCCCUGGAUUUCUUUAGUAGCUCUCCUAGCCUAAGCGCUGUUGAUAAACCAAGAGUGGUGUGAACCGAUUCAUUCCAGCGAGUACCACUGUCACUUCGAAUUUUCACAUGCAGAUUAGACAACUAAAUCUGAAACCAUCAUGGAAGCGUUAAUGGGGUAGUUUCGCGAGCCAAUGCUAGCGUUUGUGUUAGCUUAGCGCAAAGACCAGAAGUCUUGAGGGUGUUACCUGAACUUCCCAUCUUUGUGCUAAGCUAUUUAGCAUUGUCUCGCUAAACUACCUAUUUCUUGGUAGCCAGAAGUUCACCUGACUCUGGGGACUUAAAUAAUGGGCUCAAACUUCCCCUAGUAUUAGGGCAGAUAUCUUUCACGCAUUUAUGAAGAUUCGUUAUGAAAGUGCCGGCCCUUUGCAACAAUUUUUUGUAUUUUUUUUAAAAGUCUUGAUUACACCUCUAAAUCUAUUUUCCAACUGAGACUUAAGGUGACACACACCAAAGGGUAGAUAUAUCAGCAAUUAAAAUAUUUUUUUAACCAAAAAGACAAAUGUAACAUUUUCUGUGUAGGAACAUUUCUUUACUGAAGAUAAGAAAUUCUCACCCUUUUUCAAUAUUUAUUUUAUUUUUUACAUCGGUAUGGAAAUAGCACCAGUCACUAUGUAGUUGAACUCAAUAGGCUCUUACAAUUUCGGCAAUUUUGACCUCAAGAAUUACAGCAAAAAGAUUGAUCAUGGUUGUGGAGCAUGUUAAUCAAAUGACUAAACAUUAAGUUUAUCUAACCCGUUGUCUACUCAAAUAUCUGAGUACCUUGACAAAAGUAAUGUAAACCAUUAAAUGUUUCUGUUUUCUGUACAUUUCUUCUUUGACAGGUUUGGCCACCUUAUUAAAGGUUGCUGUGUGUAAGGAGACCUUUCUAAACCAAGAAAUCAUAAGCCUAACUGAGUAGCACUUAAUACAGUUUACUCCUAUGACUGGUCUUAAACAGACCAACCUGAUGAAGACAGUCUUGCCUUAGUGAAGAGUUGGCAGUUAAGGUUCAAGUUGGUGUUCAGUAUUGUAACAGGGUACCAGUUGGUGAAAUAGUUUUGAUUUUAACAACUGAUUGGAACAGACACCCCAUCUAAUAUUCUUACUGGGUGUUAUUGCCAAUGGAUCUAGGUGAUUUGGGAGACUAUGGGAUCCAGUGUGCCUGAAUGGCUGAAUAACAAGACCAAUGAUUGGAUCUGGCACUGCUUGUUAGGGUGUAUGUUUCUAGGUGUACUCGGUCAGCUCUUGCUGGACUACUCACCAAGUUGGUCAACUUGCAUACUAAUGUAGGCCUACAGGCAACUCGGUUGGAUAUAGGCCCAGUAGUAGCAAUAUACUGAGAAUGAUCUGACUAUUUUAAAUGGAAUUUAGACUUGAUCUGUGGAGAUCUGAUGUUAACAAAGAAUUACCAGGGGUUGCUUUAUUUUAGCUUCUUGGGCUGUGUUUACAGGCAGGCCAAUUCUGUUAUUUGUCCCACUAAUUGGUAUUUUGACAUCAGAACAAUUAGUUAGAAAAGAACAAUUAGUGAGAAAAUAAUCAGAAUUUAGCUGCCUGCCUAAACACAAGCCAUAGUAUCAUACAUACUAUAUUACAUUUGCCGAUGGAAUCACAGAUCAGGGGACAAACUAAUGAUUAAAAUGUUGCUAGCUUUGUUUAUAUGCACCUGUAGUGGGGAUGUAGACCACCCCUUAGUUUUUAUAUUUAUAUAUAUGCUGAACAAAAAUAUAAACUCAACAUGCAACAAUUUCAAAGAUUUUACUGAAUUACAGUUCACAAGAAAAUUGGACAACAGAAAUAAAUCCAUUAGGCCCUAAUCUAUGGAUUUCACAUGAUUGGGCAGGGGCAAAGCCAUGGGAGGGCAUAGGCCAACCCAUCUGGGAGCCAGGCCAAGCAUAGUUAGUGUUUCCCUGCAAAGGGGCUUUAUUACAGACCUACCCAUCAGUUUCAUUAGUUGUCCGGGUGGCUGGUCUCUGAUCCCGCAAGUGAAGACGCCGGAUGUGGAGGUCCUGGGCUGGCGUGGUUACACUCGGUUGUGAGGCCGGUGUGACAACCACGUAUUUUAUUGGCCCUUUAUCGUCCCCAGUACAAGGUGCACCUGUGUAAUGCUCAUGCUGUUUAAUCAGCUACUUGAUAUGGUAUACCUGGUGGAUGGAUUGUUUUGGCAAUGGAGGAAUGCUCAUUAACAGGGAUGUAACCAAAUUGGUGCACAAAGUUUGAUGUGCCUUUUGUGCGUGUGGAUUCUUUAUUUUAGCUCAUGGGACCAACACUUUACAUGUUGCGUUUUUAUAUUUUUGUUCAGUAUAUAUAUUUUUAGAAUAGUGUUGUCCUGGCUUUGUAUGGAUUAUAGAAGUACUCCACUCUGAUAGUUUUGUAUCAAAGACCUUGUAUAACCGAUGGAAGUCUUUGGUAGAACUUCCCCUUAUUCCCCGUCACCCUUCAGCAGACUCAGGAGACCUGCGUACCUAUAAGGAGCGAGAGGCUUGUCUUUUUCAAGUGUCUUGAGUGCAUGGGGGUGCAGUAGCUGUGCAAUAAAGUCCAACAGCCAGCCUGCCCCAUUCCACAGUAGAGGCUCCGGCAGUUGGUUACGUUGAGGAUCAGUAGUUCUGCAGAAGUCAGUGGACAGUAGAGCCUGGACUUGUGUGCAGCGAGAGGUAUGCUUACAGAGCCACUGAGAAGGUAAGUGUUCCUGUUUUAUGAUUUGUUUAAAUGACAAACUUAACUGAUCUACCUUCCUCUCACGUAAUGUGACGAUACAGGGGUUCUGGCAUCACACUUCUGAAAAAUGGAAUCACAGUGCAGUACUUGUUCCUCCCUCCCUGUAUGUGAACUUGUGGCAAUGUUUGUUUUUUUAGACUGUGCAGUAUCUGAUAUUUUCCCUUUCAUUUUUGACCAAAGCUGGUCUCUAUGAAACGAGCUGUAUAUGGAUGGCUGUGUCACUGGCUCAACAAUGAAUAGUGUAUGAUGGUGAAUACCUUCAACUCUACUGUAGGCCAGUGUAGUCAACACAACUCCUUUUGCAGAAACUUCUCUUUCAAGCUGUAAUGACCUUUUGAAACCAAGUGCAAAGUUCUCACAAACGUAUUGGGGGGGGGGGGGAUUUAGCUGGCGUUAGGAUUUUGACAUUGAAUUCAUGGCUUCCUUGGCACUGUAGAAGGGACUCGUAACUGAUUGGUAGUCACAAGAAAUCGUUGGUGGGCGGCGCUUUAUUGUUAUCCUAUUUAUGACAUCCUAUUUCAUCAAGUAAUAGAAGUGAUUUGUGAAGCUUGUCUUUUGUCCAGUGUUUCCCUAGUAUUACAACAGCAUUUACUUUGCCUAUAUUGCAAACCUUGAUACAGUAGCCUGCAUUUUAGACCUAGGCCAAAAUGUUGCAAGGAAGGUGUAUCGUAGUACUUGAGCACAGGACUCUGACAAGUCGAACUAGUUAUUUGCAAUAGAGAUAGUGUUGAUGUAAACAAACAAUAUUCAGAGCUUGACAUUUGUUCUGGGGGGUUGGUUUGUCUGGGGAAAUGAGAAUCAUCCUGUUGACUUUUUUUUACUUGACGUGUGCUCUACAUGGACUGGCUUGUUUUGGGAGUCUGCAAUGCAACACUGGCUAGCGAUAUUUUCCCUGUCCAUUUCAAUAUUAAGGCAAAACUCAGAAGAACCUCUAACGAGUCAAUAUUAUCUGAUUUCAGACUGUCUGAAUACCCAUAUUAGUGUACUACAUACUUUACUCAGUCACAUACCGUGAUGCAUGCGGCUCCUGAGUAGGUGGGGCGGGGCCAAGUGUGGGUGAUUGUUUUUCCUAAUUCAACAGACAGACAUUGAAUUAACCAGCCUGAUAAUGGAUCAUUUCCAAUUCAAUAUAUUUCUCUUAAUUAGGGCUGUCCCCGUCUUUAAAAAAAAAUCUUGGGUGACUGAGUCGUCUUCGUUUGACCUUUUUUAAUAAAAUGUUUUUACGUUCUUCCGUAUAUAGACAACCAGAGGGAAAAGACCAUAAACAUUUUCCUGAUGGCUUUUGCAGAUUCUGCCCUUACUCUCCUGAAGUUGCCAGUGAUGGGCUACAUGGAGUUAGCCACCUUUUUUUUCCCUUAUGUGGAAUGCCUAUAUAUUUCUACUGAUCUGUGUCCCUGUUAUGGUUUUCAUGUGCAUAUUUUCCUGUAACAGUUUCAUUAAUAAUCAUCUCUUCAUAUUUCCAAAUAAUUGUCAUGGUCUAUUCAACAUUCUAUGUAAAUGACACAAACUGAAAAGGAACUUCCAUUGCCAACUAUGUGAAACUAGUCUACGUAAAGCCAACAAAAACAUUGCAACUUGCAGGUAGAGUAUAUAUUUUAAAUCCUAUAAAGCACAUUGGCUAUGCAUGGGCCUGUCUGCAAUGAACUGAAACAUUGUAUCAACAUUGUAUCAAUGAAACAUUGUAUCAACUUAACUUGGGUCAGGCCCAGAGACUUGCACUAGUGAAUGUUGCAACAUUGUGCAAAAUAUUCUGGGCCCUCAGUUUCCUGUGCCAGUGAGCUCGGGACAGACAUGGCUGAAGGCUAUUUGUGCAAGAGAUAAGAAGGCAGUGCUUGACUUGGGCAGGAGCUCACUGGAGCCGAGUACCGGCACCUCAAAUGUUCUACUGUUUAAGCUCCUGUUCCUCUUUUAUAGAAUAAUAGCUCAAAUGGUAUUGUGGAGUUCCUGCACCUAAAAAUAAACUGUGCCGGAACCUAUUUCAGUCCAAGUCAAGCACUGAUAGAAUAUGCAUAUCUGAUUUUUAAUUGUUUCCACUCGAUCAGAGCAUGCUAUUUUCUGAGGCUGGUAACUCUAAUGAACUUAUCCUCUGCAGCAGAGGUAACUCUGGGUCUUUCCUGUGGCUGUCCUUAUGAGAGCCAGUUUUAUUAUAGAGCUUGAUGGGUUUUUGCAACUGCACUUAAACUUUCAAAGUUUUUAAUUUUCCGUACUGAUUGACCAUGUCUUAAUCUUGGAACUACCCAUCCCGGAUCCGGGAGAAUUGUCAUAAACUACACUAAUUAGCAUAGCCCAUUGUCCAAAAAUAUUAUUAGAAAAUGAUUAUAUUCAUGACAAGUGAUAUAUAGUGAAACACAGUUUAGCCUUUUGUUAAUCACCCUGUCAUCUCAGAUUUUGAAAUUAUGCUUUACAGCCAAAGCAAGACAAGAGUUUGUAAGUUUAUCGAUACCUUAGCAUUAUGUCCAGCUAGCAGCAGGAAGCUUGGUCACAAAUCAGAAGAGCAAUCAAAUUAACCGUUUACCUUUGAUCUUCGGAUGUUUUCACUGACGAGACUCCCAGUUAGACAGCAAAUGUUCCAUAAAUAUUAUUUUUAUAACCAAAAUACCUCAGUUUGUUGGUUACGUUAUGUUGAGAAAUCCACCGGAAAUAGCGGUCACGACAACGCUGAAAAAUUCUAAAUUGUAUCCAUAAUAUCGACAAACAUGGCAAACGGUUUUUUAUAAAUAAGCCUCAAGGUGUUUUUCAACUAUCUAUUCAAUAAUAUAUCAACCGGGACAGUUGGCUUUUCAGUAGGAGCGAGAGGAAAAAUGACUAGACACCUGUCUUUUUACGCAAGAAUCACUCGGAGCCCUCAGCUGACCACUUACGCAAUGUAGUCGUUUACGCUCAUUCUUCAACAUAAAGGCGUGAAACGAUGUCAAGGCUGUAUACAUCGUAGGGAAUAUGUAGAAAAAAGGAAUCUGGUUGGUAUCCCUUUCAAUGGCCAAAAGGGAUGCAUAGGAACACACCGGUUUCAAAAUAAGAGGCACUUCCUGAUUGGAUUUUCCUCUGGGUUUUGCCUGCAAUAUCAGUUCUGUUAUACUCACAGACAAUAUUUUGUAACCUUUAGAGGGUUUUCUAUUCCAAUCUGACAAUUAUAUGCAUAUUCUAGCAUCUGGUCCUGAGAAAUAGGCUGUUUACUUUGGGAAUGUUAUUUUUCCAAAAAUAAAGUGCCCCCUAGUUUCAAGAGGUUAAGGUAAUGAUGUACUGUCGUUUCUCUUUGCUUAUUUGAGCUGUUCUUGCCAUAUGGAUUUGGUCUUUUACCAAAUAGGGAUAUCUUCUGUAGACCACCCCUGCCUUGUCACAACACACAUGAUUUGCUCAAACACAUUAAGAAUUUAAAGAAAUUCAAGGCACACUUGUGAAUAGAAAUGCAUUCCAGGUGACUACCUCAUGAAACUGGUUGAGUGCUUUGCACAUUUGGCAAAGGGUGGAUACUUUGAGGAAUCUUAUUUUGAUUUAACACUGGUUACUAAACGAUUCCAUAUGUCUAAUAGUUUUGAGGUCUUCACUAUUCUACAAUAGUCAAAGGAAACCCCCUGGAAUGAGUAGGCGUUAACUUUUAGCUACUGAGCGACUAAAUAAAAUAAUCUUGGCGUUUCCACAACUCUGUCCUUGGGACCCCAAAGAGGGGGGGAACAAACGUGCCCCAACGCUACACAGCUGAAUUUAAUUUUUAUUUUAUUUAUUCAAUUAUCAAAGCUUGAGGAUUAGUUGACUAUUUUAAUCAGCUGUGUAAUGCUGGGGCAAAAACCAAACCGUGCACCCCUUGGUGUUUGGGAUACUCUGGUGUAUAUGUCUAGUGACUGUAGGGUCAGUGCAAAUAGUUUGGGUACCAUUGACUAUUUAGUGGUCUUAUAAAGCUGUCUGAGCCUGUCGGUCCGAGAGCCAAUGCUUUGGUACCGUUUGCCGGGCAGUAUCAGAGUGAGGUCGGUCUUGGGUGGCAGCAGUCUUUGUCAAUUUUUGGGCCACCUUCUGACACCGCUGGUCAGCAACAUAAUACACUAAAGCACUUCAUUGGGAACGAGAUGAUGACUGCAACAGCUUGAUCAUAAAUGUUUAAAUAUGUUAGAAACAGGAGGACUGAAUUAAAAAAAAAUAUAUAUAAUAAUUAUAUAUGACAUCAACCCAGACACAUCCCGAGUCCCCGGUGCCGAAACAUUCAGUAAUCAAAAGAUGGUUUAGUAUUUAGUAAGAACACAACACACUUCCAUGAGAACAGAUCAACUUUAGGUUUCAAAGAUUUAGCCUACGGUGCAACACUAUCAUUUUAAGGUGAACAAACUACUUAGCCUACAUUUGAACACCGCCACAGAAGCUUCGCUAUUCCAUGUCGUCCGAAUGAAGUGGGUUAGUUUUGUUUGACUACUUGAAGAGAGCCUAUCUUUCGCAGUCCACCUGUUCCAUUAAAGUAUGGGAAAGUGCAUCGAAUUCUACUAAAUGAAGAGCCAAAAUUAGUCUAACAUUCUGGCAUAUAAACCAUACUAUUUACAAAAAAUUAACAUGUUAUAACAUUCUAUUUUCUCACACUGAGAAUGAGUCAUGCGAGAUUGUAUUCUUUCCCACUAUUUGAUUUCGGUAGCGCAUCCCCAUAUCUAAUUGGUCAGCUGAAAUGAGUGACAUCAGGGCAUUUUAAAGUAUAUGUAUGUUGCAUACUAUUGAUUUUCUUUUUUGCAUACUCGGCCUAUUUAGAACGCAAGUAUGGGUAUUUGGACAUGUCCACAGCAUUCUCAAGGUAGAAAUACUAGAGCAGUGAAGUGUACUAAUAUUUGAGGUCUUUGUCAUAGGCAGAAAUGCUGUGUUGUCACAUACCAGUAGCCCGUUUCUGUUUUGGACAUGCAUAAUCGGCAACCUCCAAUUUUCAUGGUUGUACGGCUCAUUACUCGUGGGAUCUUUCAUUUGUUCCCCUAGGUAAAUUAGGAAGGUUUUAGUUUAAUGUGACUUUUGUUAGACCCAGCUAUAAUUUAUUUACUGUGAGGUAGUAAUGGUAAUAAUAAUAAUCACCUUGCUCAUUUAGGGAACAGCCUAACUUAUGUAGAAUGUAACUUUGGAGUAUUGCUAAGCUCAACUAGAAUGUGUUGAUCCACUGGGCUGUUCUUGGGUGGGGUGGACAGUCAAGAUACUGGGUUUGGGUCUAUCUGCGUCAUUCACAACCUAGAUAUGCAUAAAGAGCACUUCACUUUAGUGUGGCAGCUGCCAUAAAGGCACUUUUUCUUUCUCUCUCCUGUGUUUUGAAAUUCUGUUGCACUGUCAAAAAAUGGCAGCCUGUCCCCCCUUGUGCAUUUCAUGCGUCAAAGUAUCGUCAAUUGUCCUUAUUAUAGUGACAUUCUCAAGCCAGUGGCCAGCCAGCCAAUCAAUUGUAAAAAGGGUUCUUCUGUACAGUUCACAAGGACUGUGCCAACCUUGAUGUAGCAGCUUGUAUGUGAACGGUGUCUCAUGCAGCAAACAUAGUGUUGGUAAUCUUGGACUAAGCGUCUUGUGUAGAGAACUACCAUGAGCAGUGAAAUCAGCCCCAGGGCUGUCGUGUGUCUGUCUGCACUGUGAUCCAUUUACCCUCGGAGGUCUCCUCUUUGAGUGGUCAGUCUGCUUCUCCGUAUCCCCUUCAGAGUGUGAUGCCAGAACUACCCUCCAGGGCCUUAGGGCUGCUACUGGAAGGGCUAUGCCCUUUCCAAACUCGCUCUGCAAGACCGACGUCGCAAAUACCCAUCAUGAGGUAUAAGGUGAAAGAGUCUUCAUAGGGCCUGACGUUUUGGGGAUUUGCUAUAACAAUACUUUUCCAGUGUCAACCAAGUCAAGCUUACCUUGCUUUGUAACUGUUUCCAGUUCUCACGUAUUUGCAUGAUUGGUGUUAUGGCUCUUACGCAUUUGCCUGUUACCACAGAAGUUACAAAAAACAUUAGCUAUAACAUGACCUAGGAUAUAUAUAUACUUACUACUUGUCAAAAUGCACCCGUAUUAUUGGGUUUGCUCUAUUUUUAUGUAUAUCUUUUUGGCACAAGUUCUUUACUUUCACAUUUUACAGUAUGUCAGUCAAUUAAAUCUAGUGCAUGCCUGUACUAUAGUUUUUGUGAUAUUAAAAUUCCCAUAAACAUCCUCUACAUCCAUGUAGUUUAGCACUCAAUUCCACAGCUAUUUGUAUAGGAAUACCUUUCCCAAGUUCCUAGCUUCGAACUCAUUGUUUCUCUCUCACUGCAGGGGCCUUGGGUGAUUGUAGGAGGCUGAUGAGCUGCUCCUGGUCUAACAUAUGGUUAACUGAAGAGACUGUACAAACCGGAGCAGGGGCCUUUCUGGUCUCUCCUAAAGCACGGAAAUGGUUCUGCGGGUUGGUUGAACUGUUCUUCAACAUGUUAGUUUAUGGGAAGAGUUCUGAGGCUGCACCAGGCUCCAACCAGCAGAGAAGCUAGAAGUUCAACAGGAGAUUAUUUUAUUUUUUCUACAAGCUAUUGUAAUAAAAGGUUCAACUUUGA